AUGCUCACCUUAAACUCAGUAGUGACAAUACAUCCAAUCAGUAUGAAGAGAGAUAGAUCCAAUACUAGUGAUUUGGAAUAUUCUGAUUGUUCGUUAUCCAAUGUAAAAACAUCCACUCGUAUUCCAAUUGCUCCAGACUAUACAUCAGCAUCAAGCCAAAACUCUGAUGAAAAUGGUUCGAUACUGAAAAGAAGUAGCAAACGUACUCGUAAAACAGUCAUUCUUGAUGAUAAUACAUCUUCUUCAAGUUCCAAUGAAGAAGAAUGCAAUAGCAAGUCAAGAAUGAGAUCAGUAGACUUGAAGAAUAAGUUUACAACCUCACACCAAUCUCAAAUCAUUCGAUGCAAUAGAACUAGUUCCAAUCAAAAGAGUUACAUUUGUUAUGAUGAUAUUAAAAAGCACUUUUUCCUUCCAGAGAAUGAAGCUGCAAAGCGUUUAGGGUGUUCCAAGAGCAAACUCAAAAGAAUCAAGACUAGACUCAAUAUUGAACGUUGGCCAUAUAGAAGAAUUCAAUCUCUGUUAAACCAAAAGUCAAGUUCCAAUAAGGAAAAUUCAAGAGCAAUCGAUUUGGCUGUUGAUUUUGUAUUGAAUUAUCCAAACCUGAUAACCAAAUAUUCCAAUGAAGACAUUUCGCUAAUAGCCAAACGUUUUGAUAGAGUCAAGAUUAGUAAUCUAUUGUAA